AAAAAUGGCUAACAAUUUUUGACAGCUGCAGGUGUUGCAGUAAAUUGUUUAUAAAAAACAUGUAGAUUUUUAAUUUUACUGGCUGAGAAAUGAAUCAAAUUUUUCGUUUUUGUAAAAUUGAUCCUUUUGUAAUUUCACGUCAUUAUGGAAAUCAAGGAAAAACAACUACGCAUUAUGAGACUCUACGAGUUCCGGAAACUGCUUCCCAAAAGGAUAUUAAAGAAGCAUUCAUAAAACUUUCAAAGGAGAUGCACCCUGAUAUAAAAGGAAACAAGAGUCACGAAGAUUUUGUGAAAAUUAAUGAAGCUUAUAAUGUUUUAAGUAAAGAAAUUCCAAAACGUGAUUACGAUACGAAUUUAAAAUAUGGAUAUUCUCCAAAUUUUUCCUCGCAUUAUGCUUACGGAUAUAGACCACAAUCUAGUGACUUUUACUACCGACCACCACAUUUUCGUAGCAAAGCAGAAUAUGAUCAAUAUAGGAAUUCUCAAGCAGAAGAAAAAGAUGAGAGUACAAAAAGAAAAAGGCGAAUAAAUAAUUUGUUUAUUGCUUUUGUUUGUUUAGUAGUUACAACGAUUAGUGGGAUUAUUCAAGUGAUACGUGUAAAUAAAACAUUGUUAGACAGAGAGGAAAUUUUUGCAAAAAGAACUUUACGCUUUACCAAUGAAUUAAAUGAAAUAGAAGAAAAUGUAAGAUCAAAAACAAAAGAACAAAAACUUCAAGAUUUUCGUAAAAAAAUAGAACUUGCAAAAAAGGACGAGUAAAUUUUUUAAAUUCUAAACAAAUGAAACGAUUUCAACUUUUAUAAUUAAAGGAACGUGUUAAAUAAACAGUAGAAAAA